AUGCGAGGAUCGGUAGAUCCCAGCGCGGGAGAACUGCCUGCGCCGGGGGGCGAGCCGCCCGACCCAACGGUUGGGGAGCAGCGGUCCCAGCUUUCGGAGAUCUCGUCCCAAGGGGGGAAGUCUAAGCGUAACUGCGACGAACUAGACGGUGCACCAGCUGUGACUUCCGAGAAAGCCGACGCCGUACACCCUUCGCAGGCGCCGUUAUUGCCAAGCGGCAUUGCCCCUGGCGGGGAUUUUCAGACAGGAGAUGAGCCCAUCCCGUCGCCGAAAGUGCCUACCCCUCUUAAGGAUCAGCCUCUCCCGAGUCAGCCGGCGCAAGCUACGAACCCGGAGUCGCCGAGACAGCCGGUCCCGGUGGUCCGACCACAGGAUAUGUAUUCAGCACUGGUGGAGGCUAGGCAGGCGGCUCUCACGGAGCCCCCUCGGGACGCCUGGACGACGUCGCUGGCCGAGCUUUUCGCGAUCGUCCAUGGCAACGUCAAGGUGGAUGCUGAGCUCGUCCCACCUGAGAAGAAACGUUUCCCCAAACUGAGACGCGACGAAAAGGUUGUCCUGUUUCAGUUCUUCGAGGUAGCGUGUGUGAAUUGUAACGCUCCCUACGCGACAUGGGCUGACUAUGCCACCAAGGCCAUUCAGACAUUGUACAACACUAACUGGACUUUCACGCCGAUUUUGCAAAACAUGAUCAGCAAAGUGAAAUGGGCCAGGCUGAAACCAAUCAAUCAGUGGGCUUCUGCUCCCAAGAGAGACUCUGGCAUCAAUGAGGGAGGGGAUAAGGCUCCAGACCACGAAAAUACCUACAAGACGUUCAUGUUUAACCCGGCCGUGUACAACUUACAGGAUAUUGCAACGUUACGGUCGAUAUGCAUGCAGCCGGCUACGUCCAACAGCGGAAGUCGUCUUCGUGCAGGAACGCUUGACGAGUGGCGCAUCAUCACUGGUCUAGCAGAGGGGAGCAUCGUGUGCAGGCGCCUGCCUGUGUUUUUGAAGAGCGUCCUGGAUUCCAAGGAGCGGGUACGAUUAUCCAGGACGAUUCAAGCCCAGGUGGAAGGUGAACUUGUUUUGCAUCUGCGUAGUGGCCUUAACAUUCGGUUGUGUCGGCAAAGUACAAGUGCGAUCAAGGAGGAUAUCCUGUUGGCGGCGGAACGAUUGAGAGUGGACCAGGAGGUGCUCCGGCGCUUUCUAAAUGUUGCCAAGACCAUCAGCUACAACCCACUGCAACGCUGCAUUCACUUCUACUUUUUCGACAGAGUUACGGCUCGCAAUUUUGAGUUGGUCGCCGUGCCUUUUCGAGGUGUUAUUUACCGUGUAGCUAACCAGCAUCCUCCGUCGAAGGGGUCUGUCUGGGCCCGACAGAUCGGGCGCGAUGGAACACGUCUUGCUAGGGUACGGGAGUAUGCCGUGGAGCUCCACAACGUCACCCGGUUCACGGACAUUGGCAGACUUACGGCGUAUUUACAGGAACAUAUCGCUGCUGACUUUGAGCUGGAAGACCUGGAUAGCUGUACGCCUAACUCCCGUACUUCUACAGUCUGGAGGUUGACGAUCAAGAUGGCCGGAUGCCCGGACUUUUUGCGUGAGAUUGUGCGGAUCAUGUGGUUUGGCCGACCUAUCAUCUUAAAGCAUCCAGAGGAAGCAGGAUUGCCACCGACAGAGAAGUAG